UUUCGUUGACUGAGGCACGGGGUAGGCAGUCCUACAGGAGUAAACGGCAGAAACCGAUAACACUGUGUCGCAACUCUCUCACAUUGGCGGUUAAACUCUUCAAUGGCUGAAUAACAAGAGCAAACCCAGUCAAAAUUGCCCAAUGGAGCCUAAGCCUGGUCACCGGAGGAGAAGGAGCCUGUCUGAGGGGCUGAUGCUGGAGGAAUCAGAAAAAGGAGGAUUGGUCAUCUCCAGCAUUAUCGGUGGCUCUUCUGGCAAUCACGGGCUCAAAGAAGGAGAUGAAAUUGUGGGUGCCACGAUCAACUUUGACCAACUUUCGAAAGACGAUGUGUUGAAAAUACUGAAGCUGAUGGAUGAUAAUGGAUUUGAUGAGAAGGUUCAAGUUCUGACGAAAAAUUAUUUGAGCAAGAGUAUGGGGACCUUGGACAGCAUCAAAGCACCAGAGGAGAUGCUGAAGGAUUCAUAUAAUAGACUCUACAAUGCCAAAAUAAAUAGGUUCAUGACGGAUGACAGCCCUGGACAACCUGCAGGUGCUGGGGAAAGAGGCUCCCAUAAUGGACAGGUGAAGGGCAAGGGACCGGGAUCUCUCUGGGACAAGCCUAAAGUGAAAGGUGACCUCAAACUCCCUGUCUUCACCACGGAUUACCCAGUUGUGGAGACACCCAAAGUAGAUGCUCCUACCUACCUAGAGUCUCCAGACCUCAAAUUCUCUGCUCCAAAGUUAAAGGUGCCUAAACUUGAUGUCAAAGGCGCGGUACCUGAUGCUCGCGGUGGAGAACUUUCAUUGCCUAAUGCCAACAUUAGUACAUCAGAUCUCUCCCUGCCUCAUUUGAAUGGGUCACUAAACAUUGAUGCUCCAUCAGUUAACCAGGAAAGGCCAAAUCUUGAAACUGAUAUAGAUGCUAUCGAUGUUCUAGAAUUUGAUAUGUCUUUGCCCGAAGUUGACCUCAAAUGCCCUGAUCUUGACCUGAAAGUUAUAGAUCCACUUCCCAAAGUUGUAGGAGAUAUCAAUGUCCCGGAAGCAGAGCUCAAUCUACCAGAGGAGGUUGUCCCUGGGCCUACUUUAAAUAUCAAUGCCCCAAAGUUUGAUAUUGAAAGAGGCAAACAUGUUAAAAUGCCCAAAUUUAAGAUGCCUGACUUGGGUCUCUCUGGACCCAGAGUAAAUGUACCCAGCCUUGAGGUUGAUACACCAAAUAUGAGGAUACCAGAUAAAGAUAUGCUUGGAGUUAAUUUUAAAGGUCCCCAAAGAGACCUACAAACACCAGAUGUUAAUCUCAAAAGUCCUAAUCUAGAUCUGCAAGCCCCAGAUGUCAGCAUAAUGAAUAUCCCAUCAAGUAAAAUCAGAGUCUGGUCCUCCAAGAAACUGAAAACCCCCAACCUUGAUGUGGAUGAUCCCUCUGGUUAUUUUGAAUUGCCUAAGGUUAGGCUCUCUCACACAGUACCAAAAGGACCAGAUUUAGACAUUGAUGCAGUUUUAAAGACACCAAACAUGCAUCUUAAAACCUCUUUGAUUGGUGCUCCUGACCUGAAUGACCCUGAUCUAGAUUUACCUUCAGUAGACCUUAAAGGUUCCAAAAUAGAUCUAGAGUUACCAGAUGCAAACAUUGGUAUCCCACCUGGGAAGAUCAAAACACUAAGUCUUGGUAUGCCUGACUUUGAUUUAUCUGGACCAAGAGUUCGGACUCCAGACCUGGACCUCUCAGUGGCUGAGAUGUGUCCAUUAGACGUCCGUCUGCCUGACCUCAGUACUCCAGAUAUUGACAUACCCUCAGGUAAUUUCAAACUACAGGAACCACAUGCAGAACUCAAAGCACCUGAUUUCAAUGUGGAUGCCUCCUCUGGUAAACUGAAGAUGCCCAAAUCUGGCCUAAAAAGACCAGAUCUGGGCAUUGAUGCUGAUGUAAAAACACCAAAGGUAAGUCUCAAAGCUCCCAAGAUAAAAGGUGGGCUUGAUGCGCCUGACUUGAAUUUACCCAAAGUCAACCUGAAAGCACCUAAAUUAGAAAUAAACACACCAGAUAUUGACAUUGAUGCACCCUCAGAAAAAUUCAAAAUGCCAAAGUUUAAGAUGCCUAAAUUUGCCCUUUCGGGCCCUAAAGGGCCUGAGGUUGGCAUUGAUGGAGACUUGGAUGGACCAGAUCUGAGCUUAUUAUCUUGCAAAUUAAAACCGCCAGACUUGGAUAUUGGUAGCCCAUCUGGAAAAUUAAAGAUGCCAAGUCUAAAGAUGCCAGACUUUGGCUUCUCAGGGCCAGAUGUACGAGGGCCUGACUUUGAGGUAAAGAAUCCAGACUUGGAUCUUCCAGCCCCCAAGUUUAAAGGGGGAAUUAGUCCCCCAGAUUUGGAUCUGCCAGAUGGAGACCUCAAAGGCCCCAAAUUAGACCUCAAUAAACCAGAUGUAAACUUUAAUAUGCCCUCAAGUAAAGUCAAAGUACCUACAUUGAAGAAAUCAAAGGUUGAUCUGAAUGCUCCUGAUCUGGACAUUAACGGCCCCUCUGGUAAACUGAAAAUGCCCACAUUUGGGCUGUCUGGUAAAAUGCCAAAAUCUCCCAAAUUAAAUCUUAAAGCUCCAAAGAUGAAGGGGGGAAUUGAUUUUCCAGACCUGAAUUUCCCAGAUGCUGACCUCAAAGCCCCUAAACUAGAUGUGAAUGCUCCAGAUCUCAACAUCAAUGCACCCUCAGGGAAAUUCAAGAUGCCUAAAUUUGGGCUGUCUGGUACAAUGCCAAAAUCUCCCAAAUUAAAUCUUAAAGCUCCAAAGAUGAAGGGGGGAAUUGAUUUUCCAGACCUGAAUUUCCCAGAUGCUGACCUCAAAGCCCCUAAACUAGAUGUGAAUGCUCCAGAUCUCGACAUCAAUGCACCCUCAGGGAAAUUCAAGAUGCCUAAAUUUGGGCUGUCUGGUACAAUGCCAAAAUCUCCCAAAUUAAAUCUUAAAGCUCCAAAGAUGAAGGGGGGAAUUGAUUUUCCAGACCUGAAUUUACCAGAUGCUGACCUCAAAGCCCCUAAACUAGAUGUGAAUGCUCCAGAUCUCGACAUCAAUGCACCCUCAGGGAAAUUCAAGAUGCCUAAAUUUGGGCUGUCUGGUACAAUGCCAAAAUCUCCCAAAUUAAAUCUUAAAGCUCCAAAGAUGAAGGGGGGAAUUGAUUUUCCAGACCUGAAUUUCCCAGAUGCUGACCUCAAAGCCCCUAAACUAGAUGUGAAUGCUCCAGAUCUCAACAUCAAUGCACCCUCAGGGAAAUUCAAGAUGCCUAAAUUUGGGCUGUCUGGUACAAUGCCAAAAUCUCCCAACUUAAAUCUUAAAGCUCCAAAGAUAAAGGGGGGAAUUGAUUUUCCAGACCUGAAUUUCCCAGAUGCUGACCUCAAAGCCCCUAAACUAGAUGUGAAUGCUCCAGAUCUCGACAUCAAUGCACCCUCAGGGAAAUUCAAGAUGCCUAAAUUUGGGCUGUCUGGUACAAUGCCAAAAUCUCCCAAAUUAAAUCUUAAAGCUCCAAAGAUGAAGGGGGGAAUUGAUUUUCCAGACCUGAAUUUCCCAGAUGCUGACCUCAAAGCCCCUAAACUAGAUGUGAAUGCUCCAGAUCUCGACAUCAAUGCACCCUCAGGGAAAUUCAAGAUGCCUAAAUUUGGGCUGUCUGGUACAAUGCCAAAAUCUCCCAAAUUAAAUCUUAAAGCUCCAAAGAUGAAGGGGGGUAUUGAUUUUCCAGACCUGAAUUUACCAGAUGCUGACCUCAAAGCCCCUAAACUAGAUCUCGACAUCAAUGCACCCUCAGGGAAAUUAAAGGUGCCUAAAUUUAGAGGCCUAAAGGGGCCAGAUGUUGACAUUAAUGGGUCCCAAAGUAGACCUAAACCUUCCAGACACUGA